GGUAAAUGGAUAAAAAACCUGGAUUCAUCACAUUGGGCAUUUAAUAUAACUACUUCGUUGAACGAGGAACUAAAAUAUGCGCAAUUCACCAUUUAAAAACAACACAGCCGUGAAAAGCGAUUAGAACAGGAGGGACGGUUCGUGACGACGGAACCAAAAGCCAGUCUCCCAGCAUGCACCGCGCCCGGUGAAGGAAGAUGAAAACGGCCAUGUCGUGGUAGCAGCUUGUGGCUCAACGAACGGGGUACACGUCGUCAAAAGUCGCCCUAAAACGCCGACCGUGGUGGUACUGGAGGUACAGGAGUUUGGCGUCAAGGAGGCAUCGGAAGAAAAAUAUUCAAAAUCUCGCAAUCACCCCCAAAUAGGAUAUAAACAUGAGCGGCGGCGGGACACCUUACAUUGGCAGCAAAAUUAGCCUGGUCUCGAAGGCCGAGAUCCGCUAUGAGGGGAUUCUGUACACCAUCGAUACGGAGAACUCCACCGUGGCCCUAGCGAAAGUUCGUUCCUUCGGCACCGAAGACCGUCCCACUGAGAGGCCCAUACCGCCCCGGGAUGAGGUCUUCGAGUACAUCAUCUUCCGUGGCAGUGACAUCAAAGACCUGACGGUCUGCGAGCCCCCCAAAGCCCCUGGCAGCGUGCACCAGGACCCGGCCAUUGUCCAGUCCUCUAUUGCUACUGCUCCACCUCCGGUGCCCUCAUUCCAGGCCCAGGGUCCUUAUGCCCCCUUCAGCAGAGCCGCGGCCCCCACCUACAGCCAGUUUGGUUCAGCCCCAAUGCCACCUCAGCAGUUUGGUGCUGUCGGAGCAGGACAUGGAAGCCCUCAGCCGGAGCCGCUGCCUAAAAGUCCCCCCCUGGAGCAGGCGGUGCAGGCCCCGGCCUCCGCGGCCCCGGCCGCCUCAAUGGGACACAGGAGCAACGUGGGCCCCGGGGCUCCCAGGUCCUCCGCCAGCACAGCGGCCUCCGGGAGCCAGAGGCCCCCAGACCUCCUGGAGCAGAGGAAGGCGCCUGAGGUCCAGAAAGGGCCAGACGAGCACUUGGGUACGAUGGAGAACCGGGACCCAAACCGCCGUCAUAAUAACUGGAACCAAUCACGUGACCCCUCUAGUUUCCAAGGCGGCGCCCCCCCUAAUCGGCGCGGGCGCGGCGGAGGCAUCCGGGGCCGCGGGCGGUUCAACGUGCGCCGGGACGGCCCGGUGAAGUUCGAGGAGGACUUUGACUUCGAGACGGCCAACGCUCAGUUCAACAAGGACGAGAUCGACAAGGAGCUCCAGAGCAAGCUCAAGCUGAAGGACACUGAGAAACCGGAGAAGGCUCUGAACGGAGAGGAGAAGGUGGUGGACCCGGCGGCUGCGGAGCAACAGCAGCCGCCCACUGAGGCCGCCGCGGAAGAGGAGGAGGCUGGGUCCGCCUCCUGUUACUACGACAAGACCAAGUCCUUCUUCGACAAUCUGUCCUGUGAUGAUUUAAGGUACGGGAAAGGGGGCGGAGACAGAGGAUACUCAAAGGACCGGAGGCCCACCUGGGCCGAGGAGAGGCGGACGAACGCCGAGACCUUCGGCCUGCCCAUGAGACACAGCCGUGGGAGAGGCUACCGCGGCCGCGGGGGCAUGGGGCCCCGUGGCGGCAGGGGCCGACCCAUCAGCAGGGGGUCCUUCGGGCCGCCCCGCGGGGCCCCCCCCGGGUUCCGGGCUGGGUUCAGAGGAGGGAGAGGAGGCCGGGAGUUCAACGACUUUGAAUACAGGAGGGACAAACAAGGUGGCUGCAUAGUACUACCACGGCACUGAACCAACGAGGAAUCCUAGUCCUACCCCAUUACCAACGGCCCCCAUGAGAUGCAAUGUUCAGAACGACCAGGACAAAAGGAAUGAAGACACUGUUAAAUUAGUCACCAGCACUAGGGUCUACCGUCUUGACUUCAGCAGGUGUGAGUACGUCUUCUUCACCCGGAAUUUUUUUUCCUCAAAAGUUUUGUUACAUGGUUAUCAACAAAAGGACAAGAGCAAAAAAAUAUGUACAUAUUGUUUUUGGUGGAAAUAAUUCAGUAUUUUUGCAUCACCUCCAAUUUUGUUUCUUACUAAAGUGGUCUUUGAUAUUGCUGUUGUAUGUGAAAGAUGGAUACAGGAAGUCCACUAAUACUGUGAGUACUCUGAUCGAUAUCCAUGUGAUCAAUAGCUUAUUCUUUCCCUCCUUUUUUUUGAUAUAUAUUCAGUGAUGUAUGACGGCACCAAAUUCACCAGUGGUCACCCUGUUAUGUUCCCCCUUCGCUGCUCUUAACCUGGCCCUCAUAGUUUCGCUCGCCGCUUUCAUUUGAGAUGAUUAACUAGGAUAAAACUAAGGCCUGGCUAAAUAAAGUCAUGGCACGUUGUCCAAUACAUGCGUUUCUUUGAUGAAUGUCUUGCUCAUCUCAAAAUGUGUGUGCCCCUAAGCAAAUUGUGCCUGCCCCUUUGACUUGCAUAUUCAGGAUUGAAUGCUGGGUCAUUGACCCUUUUGUUAAGUCAUUUUAAACUUGACUUGAUUUAGAUACAUACUUGUUUUAUGGUGUGAAAUGAAUUGCAAGAAGAUGCAGCAAUUGAGUAUAACAGGAUUGAAUACUCACUUUAUUAUAUCUCGAUUAUUUGGGAGAAUCUAAUGUGCCGAUAUCAUUUGACCUUGAGGAAUAUUGUCUGCCCCGCCCCACAAUUCAAGUUGAACUGAAGUACUUCAGAAUGUUUACAACUAAAUAAUUGAUAGGCCUGUCCAGUCAAUGUACCAGAAUGUCAAAAAGCAAUUGAUUAACUUGUUCACUAAUGGUAAUAAUUUGACCCGGCGGGCUGCAUAUCUUUCAGUGCCACUUGUUUUUGUUCUUUUGAGUUAUAGAUUGUCAGCUAGUAGAUAACUUUAUUUCCCUUUUUAAGUGUCAUUUAUAUCUUUCUUUGUCCCCCCCCCCUUUGUAAUUACAAUCAGACAUUUGUACUCCAAAGUGAUGAAACGCUUUAGUCAUAAGGUUGGGGGACUGGAAAUGUGAACCUUUUUGAAUGUUGUCUGAUGCAGAAGAAUACAGCACCGUAUUCCCUCCAGUAUUCAUUGCUCCAUUUUGUUUUAAUUGUCUUUUUGUAUUCUGCAUUUUCUCUUCAUAAUUGAGCAGUGAUAACUGGAUUCGGAGAGCAGGCUGAUUAUGGUUUUUCGCAUUCUUGUCUCGCCAUCAUUUUCUGUCAGUACUUAAGGGAGUACCCUCAGAGUGGUAUAUUUUUACGGCUCUCCCUUUAACUUAAUUACCUUAUGACAAAUGUAUCACUAGCACUAGUGCAAGAUCUGGGUGGCUUCAGUAGCUGGGAAACAGGCAACCUGUAUGAGAAACGUGCGAUUUGUUAGGGGUGUUGUACACUGAAUACUGCAUGAUGGCCACAGAAAGCAUUGAAUAUGCAGGAAGGCAGGGAUUGGGAUUUUGCAAUAACAGUGUAAGCCUCGAAGAUAAAUGAAGAUUCCAACGUUGCAUAUUUAGCUUCUCUAAACAGACAUGUUUUCAUUAUUGUUACUGCUAAUUGAAAAAUUGUUAAUCGGAAAGUUUUCUUGAACAUGUAAAGCAUUACGUACUGUCAGCGUGUUGCCCUCGUUUAAAAAUGUUUUUACUUAAGAUAAAGAGUUGUUAAAUAUC